AAACCCUAGUUUCCGCUUAGUUAGGCGGUAGCUCUCUUUCAAUUACAGUGCGCAGAUAUCAAGAUGGGUAAACCUCGAGGUCUUCGCACAGCUCGUAAACACGUAAUUCAUAGACGUGACCAACGUUGGAAUGAUAAAGAUUAUAAAAAAGCACAUUUAGGAACAAGGUGGAAGGCUAAUCCCUUUGGAGGUGCAUCACAUGCUAAAGGCAUCGUUUUGGAAAAAGUCGGAGUUGAAGCUAAACAGCCCAACUCAGCUAUUCGGAAGUGCGUAAGAGUGCAGCUUAUCAAGAAUGGCAAGAAGAUCACAGCUUUCGUACCAAGAGACGGCUGUCUAAACAAUAUUGAAGAAAAUGACGAAGUUUUAGUAGCUGGAUUUGGACGUAAAGGUCAUGCUGUUGGUGACAUUCCCGGUGUUCGUUUUAAAGUAGUAAAAGUUGCAAACGUUUCUUUGCUCGCUCUUUACAAAGAAAAGAAGGAACGUCCCAGAUCAUAAAACCUUGGUUGCAAACUUUUCAAUGAAUGUAAUUUACAAUAUAAAAUGGAAUUAAUUAAUUUAAUUAUACAAAUCUAAAAGAUUAAA